AUGCCACCUCAUGCAAAGCGAUAUGGUCAGUCAUGUUUGCUCUGUCGUCGAAGAAAGGUUCGCUGCGACGGAUGCAAGCCGAACUGUGGUAGAUGCGCCCACGCAGGCGAGCCGUGCAUCUACGGCAUUCAGGACUCGGCCGUGGCUCGCUUAAGUAAUGCUUUGAACAGAUCGGAACAACGCUUGAGACAGCUGGAGACAGAACUGGGACAGUUGUUGGCUUUAGAUCCUAUUGCUUGUCAGGAAGGGUUUCGGGCCCUUCUGGAUCGUUCCUCGGUCUUAGAAGACAGGGGAAGGGGCAGCACCACUAAGAAUCCUCCCGUCCCAGAGGAUGUUUCUGCCAACGACGGAUCAGCGCGUUCACCGGUGAAUAGACACCACCAAACCACUCGGAGCGCUGACAAUGGACUGGGAGAUGAGGAAGAGGUGGAAGAAAGAUACAGCUCGACCUCAAGGUUUCACUUCGAAGAUCCAGACUCAAGCAUCGAAGGUGAUGUUCCAAACUUUCACGAUGAUACUGCAUAUGUGGACUACCAUCGACGCUGGCUGGCAUCCAAUGCCCGCUUUCACGACCAUUUCGAACAAAUUGCAUACGAUUCCAUCAAGGACGAAGAUGGAAUUGAUGCAGAGACCGCAAGGAUCUUGCUGAAGAUUUACUGGACAUGGCAGGCGCCACUACAUAACUGCGUGUACCGACGAAGCUUCUUUCGAGACAUGGUACUGAAUGGUCCUUAUUUUUCCCGAUUCUUACUCUAUGUCAUAUACGCCCACGCAUCUCGCCAUAUUCCAUCUACUGACCACCGGUACCUGCUAUUGAUGCAGGGCGAGCCCCUCCUUGACCGAGCUAGACUGCUUCUCGUUGACGAGCUCAAGAAGGACAGACCAGCUAUCCCGACCAUCCAAGGUCUACUUAUCCUAGGUGGCCGUCAGUGUGCGGUGGGAAAGAGCAGUGAGGGUUGGCUGUACACGGGGAUGGCGAUCCGAAUGAUCCAAGACCUGGGCCUUCAUCUGCCUCGCCGACUGUGUAUGUCGAUCAUUGAGCCCGACGACUUCGAAACCCAGAAGCGGCUAUACCUAUCCGCAUUUGUUUGGGAUAAAUCCAUCAGCCUAUGUCUAGGACGGGCUCCAUCUCUGCCCACUAUGCUCUAUCCGUCUCAUUGCCUGCUGGAUCAUUCCGACAACCAAGAGAUUUGGAAGCCAUUUUACCUGCAUGAGCAAGAAAUGACCUACAACCCAGUCCCAGGCUACAAUACCACCACCUUUUCUCAUUUUGUCGAGUUGGCAACCCUAGUUAACGAAGCUUUCAGAAAUAUUUUCGGUGCCCGGACGACGGAUGUUGAUCUUUCACGGCUGAAGCGUUUCGAAGAGAAGCUGCGCAAGUUCUACCAAGAGUUACCACGCGAACUUCAAUUAGACGACGGCAUGCUCAAUUCAGCUUGUACACCGCCUCACAUCUGUUGCUUGAACAUUCUAUACCAUACCAUGCUUAUAUUAAUCUACCGACCAUACUUUCUCAAGGAGAACAUGAGGUCUAGGAAAGAUCGCGCUAUAUUUAAGCAUGCAUCGGCCGUUUGCAGUAGGGAAGCCAUAGCAGUCAACACUAUUUUCCAAGCGUACGGUCGAUGGUUCGCAAACAAGAAUCAGACCUACUUGCUUUCAUACUGCGUGUACACUGCGGCAACCGUUGAAGUCAAGCAAGCAAUCCAUCCAGAUCCGGCCAUCUCGUCGAUGGCUAUAGAGUGUCUUGCAACGACACUUGAAAUGCUGGAAGAAGAGGUGAAACAAACGCCCGGAAUUCGAAGAAGUAUCGAUAUCAUCAAGAUGCGCCUUUCGAAACAAUCCUUGUCGCCUCGGACGACAGUAACAGCCUCUACUUCUCUCGCACAAUCCCAUUCAAACCUUUCCGCGAAUAUAGGUGUAAGUCCUGUCCAUUCCAACCUGCUCAGCCCGGCCCAAUUCCAGCAGCAGAGAUCAGAUUGGACGCAAUCACACGAGGAUGCCUUCGCGUAUCAGUCGGUAUCGAAGGCAACUGGCACGUUGGAUCCAGAUAUGCUAAGCAGUGCGGUGCCACAAGGCUCUUUUAGUGGGGAUGCUUUCGAUCCAUGGAACCUUCAAACCCCGGAUGUAGGCGGUGGAUUUGUUCCAGAGAGCCUUAGUUGGUAUACAGACCUAAGAUAA